AUGGAUCGUUAUUUAGAAGAGGCCUUCCGACUCAACGUAAAGUUCUCACUUACAGAAUUGCAGCGUGCUAUCAAUGGAGAUGGCCGAAACGAUCCAAAUCCACUCUUUAAGGUGGCCCUCAAUCUGGAAAAUGAUUGUCUCGUGUUCAUGCCCACAUUGCCAGAGCUAACUCAUGUGGUUGCCUCACUGUGCGGUAAAUUCACAGAGAUCAUAUCGUCAGUGCGAAGACUCCCGGAUCUUUUGAGUCGAGUCAAAUCAAACAAAAAGGUAGAUAAUUAA